AUAAUCCAACUCACCGUGAAAAUCAUUUACCAUUAUUACCUCCACCUUUAACACCACUACCUCCAACACAUCAAUUUGCUAAUAUUUAUCCAUUGUCUGGUAAUUUUCUUCAUUUUGCUCAGACACAUCCAGUAGCAUUAGCAGCUGCUUAUGAAAAACUUCUUAAACGUCAUCAACAAGAAACAGCCGCAGUAGCAGCAGCAGCAAAUAAAAUUGGAGAUCGUUGA